AUGCUAGGACCAUUGACUUUCGCCGUUGCCUUGCCCUUCCUACCAGCAGCAAAUGCUCUGGUUAGGGAGAAUGAUGUUGGCAAAUUGCCUGCUCUAGGAUGGAAUACCUGGAAUGCAUUCGGAUGUGAUAUCGACUCUACCAAGAUCAUCACCGCGGCCAAUGAGGUCAUCAAUCGUGGACUGAAGGAUCUAGGAUAUGAGUAUAUCAAUAUCGAUGACUGCUGGAGCGUCAAGAACACCCGCGACAAGAGUACCAAUCGCAUGAUUCCUGAUCCAGCCAAGUUCCCCGAUGGUAUUUCUGGUGUUGCAAAGGAAGUCCAUGAUUUGGGACUGAAAAUCGGAAUCUACAGCAGUGCUGGCGAGGAGACCUGCGCUCACUAUCCUGCUAGUCUGGGAUACGAGGCAGUCGAUGCGCAGUCCUUUGCUGAGUGGGGUAUUGACUACCUCAAAUAUGACAAUUGUGGUGUUCCCAGUAACUGGACAGAUGAAUAUACUUACUGUGUCCCCGACGGCGAUGGCCCUUACCCGGAUGGCACCUGUCCUGAUCUCACCAACGCCGCCCCAGAAGGAUAUGACUGGAAAACGUCCAACACAUACAAGCGGUAUGCUGCAAUGCGCGAUGCACUGCUCGACGUUGACCGGACCAUCUUCUAUUCACUCUGUGGCUGGGGCCAGGCUAACGUGAAUUCCUGGGGCAUGGAAGUCGGAAACUCAUGGCGCAUGUCCGGCGAUAUUACCGUGGAUUGGGCCCGUAUUGCGCAAAUUGCCAAUGAGAACAGCUUCUACAUGGACCACGUCAACUUCUGGGGUCGUGCUGACCCGGACAUGUUGGAGGUUGGUAAUGGUGAUCUUACCAUCGAGGAGAACAGGGCGCACUUUGCACUCUGGGCCGUCAUGAAGUCCCCUCUGAUCAUUGGCACGGCGCUCGAUUCUAUCGACGAUGCCCACUUGGCCAUCCUGAAGAACAAGUAUCUUCUUGACUUCAAUCAAGACCCUGUUAUUGGAACUCCUGCCCGUCCUUAUAAGUGGGGAUACAACCCCGACAGGACUUUCGACCCCGUUCACCCUGCUGAAUAUUGGUCCGGUGCAUCAUCCACUUUGGAGGGCACUGUGGUGCUUAUGCUGAACUCCGAGAAUGUCACUUCUGCCCGCACUGCGACAUGGCGCGAGAUCCCGGAGCUUAAGAGUCAUGAUGCAUACAAGGUUGUUGAUGCCUGGACUGGCAAGGAUCUGGGCUGUGUGAAGAACAAGUACAAGGCCUCCUUGAAGAGUCAUGAUGCGGCAGUGUUGGUGGUCAAGGGAAAAUGUUAA